UGGAAGUAUGCGAGACUUAACAGCACAAGUGACUAGUGGUCUCCUGCAGUUCCCAGAGGUGACUAUUCAAGCCCUUGGAGAAGAUGAAAUAACACUAGAAUCUGUGCUCCGUGGGAAGUUUGCUACAGGGAAAAGUGGACUUGCUUGCUUGGCUUGUGGUCCACAACUUGAGGUAGUAAACUCUGUAACAGGAGAGCGCUUGUCUGCAUAUAGGUUUAAUGGUGUAAAUGAUCAGCCUCCUAUAGUCCUAGCAGUGAAAGAAUUCUCUUGGCAGAAGAGAACUGGAUUGUUAAUUGGACUGGAAGAAGCAGAAGGGAGUGUUCUCUGUCUUUAUGACCUUGGUAUAUCAAGAGUGGUUAAAGCAGUUGUUCUUCCUGGCAGGGUAACUGCUAUAGAACCUAUAAUUAAUCAUGGAGGAGCCAGCGCAAGCACUCAGCAUUUACAUCCAAGUCUGCGAUGGCUUUUUGGUGUGGCAGCUGUGGUAACUGAUGUUGGACAGAUCCUUCUUAUUGACCUGUGUUUGGAUGACUUGUCAUGCAGUCAGAAUGAAAUAGAAGCAUCAGACCUUGAAGUUAUAACUGGUAUCCCGGCUGAAGUUCCACACAUCAGGGAAAAUGUGAUGCGAGAGGGGCGUCAUCUGUGUUUCCAGUUAGUAAGUCCUUCAGGAACAGCUGUUUCAACUCUCAGUUACAUAAGCAGGACAAAUCAGCUCGCUGUAGGCUUUUCUGAUGGCUAUCUAGCACUUUGGAAUAUGAAAAGCAUGAAAAGAGAAUAUUAUACACAGCUGGAAGGUGGAAGAGUUCCUGUAUAUGCUGUUACUUUUCAAGAACCCGAGAACGAUCCUCGUAAUUGCUGUUACUUGUGGGCUGUUCAGUCUACACAGGAGAGUGAAGGGGAUGUUUUGAGUUUGCAUCUGCUCCAGCUGGCCUUCGGUGAUAGAAAGUGUUUGGCAUCAGGACAAAUCUUAUAUGAGGGUUUAGAGUACUGUGAAGAAAGGUACACACUGGACCUCACAGGCAGCUUGUUUCCCUUGAGAGGACAGACUAGUAAUACCAAACUGUUGGGUUGCCAGAGUAUAGAGAAAUUUCGAUCUCACAGCGACAGGGAGGAAGGCGUGAAUGAAGCUCUAUCUCCUGACACCAGUGUUUCAGUCUUUACCUGGCAGGUGAAUAUAUAUGGACAGGGAAAGCCUUCUAUAUAUUUGGGGCUUUUCGACAUAAAUCGUUGGUAUCAUGCGCAAAUGCCAGAUUCGUUAAGAUCAGGAGAAUAUCUACAUAAUUGCUCUUAUUUUGCACUGUGGUCGUUGGAUUCUGUUGUAAGUAGGACUUCUCCACAUUACAUCUUGGAUAUAUUAGUACAUGAGAGAAGUUUAAGUCGAGGAGUUCCUCCUUUGUAUCCACCUCCUGAGCAGUUUUUUAACCCGAGUACUUAUAAUUUUGAUGCCACUUGUUUGUUAAACUCGGGAGUUGUUCAUAUAACUUGUACUGGCUUUCAGAAGGAGACUUUGACUUUUUUAAAGAAGUCAGGACCAUCUCUUAAUGAAGUCAUUCCUGAUGGUUACAAUCGCUGUCUUGUGGCUGGCCUUCUCUCACCAAGACUUAUUGAUAUUCAGCCUUCCAGCUUAAGUCAGGAGGAACAGUUAGAAGCUAUAUUGUCAGCAGCAGUUCACACAAGUUCUCUAGGACUUUUGACUGGAUGUAUCAAAAGGUGGAUAACAGAAGAACAACCAAAUUCUGCUGCUAAUUUGCGUUUUGUUCUUGAGUGGACGUGGAAUAAAGUGAUCCUCACAAAAGAGGAAUUCGACAGACUAUGUGCUCCGUUAUUUGACGGUUCGUGUCGUUUCAUCGAUCCACAGACCGUACAGUCCGUCCAGCAAUGUCAUUUACUUCUUAGCAACCUUAAUACCGUCUUGAGCUGUUUUGCUGCAGAGGCCCAGGAGGUCACUGAGAGAGGUCUGAUGGACUUAAGCAAUAAGCAUAUGGUUACCCAGCUCAUCUGUCAAUAUGCACAAAUGGUUCUUUGGUUCUCUCAUUCUGGGCUUUUACCAGAGGGCUUAGAUGAUGCUGUGCAGUUGUCAAGGUUAUGCUACAACUACCCUGUAAUUCAGAGCUACUACACCAGUCGUCGGCAGAAGUGUGAGCGUUUAUCCAGAGGGAAGUGGAACCCUGAUUGCUUGAUGAUCGAUGGAAUGGUUUCCCAGUUAGGAGAUCGAGUUGAAAAGUUGUGGAAGCGAGAUGAAGGAGGCACAGGAAAAUAUCCUCCUACUAGUCUACAUGCACUGCUUGACAUAUACCUACUAGACAGUGUUACUGAAGCAAUCAAGCACUCUGUUACCAUUUAUUUGCUGCUUGAUAUUAUGUAUUCCUUUCCAAACAAAACGGAUACUUCAAUUGAAUCUUUUCCCACUGCCUUUGCCAUUUCUUGGGGCCAAGUUAAACUCAUUCAAGGCUUUUGGCUGCUAGAUCAUAAUGACUAUGAGAGUGCUUUGGAUCUUUUAUUUCACCCAGCUACUGCAAAACCUGUGCCGUGGCAACAUUCAAAGAUUAUUCAGGCCUUCAUGACUCAGGGUGAACAUAGACAAGCCCUCAGAUAUAUUCAGACAAUGAAGCCGCCAGUGUCCAGUGGUAAUGAUGUUAUCCUUCACCUCACCGUUUUGCUUUUUAACAGGUGCAUGGUUGAGGCCUGGACUUUAUUACGACACCAUUCUAAUAGGUCGAAUGCAGAGGAGUUACUAAAGCACACGUAUGAAGUCUGUCAGGAAAUGGGCUUAAUGGAGGAUUUACUGAAGUUACCAUUUACAGACACUGAGCAGGAAUGUUUAGUGAAAUUUUUGCAGUCCAGUGCCAGCGUUCAGAAUCAUGAAUUCCUCUUAGUUCACCAUUUGCAGCGUGCCAAUUAUAUUCCUGCCUUGAAGCUGAACCAAACUCUGAAGAUUAAUCUUAUGAAUGAUCGUGAUCCUCGUUUACGUGAGAGAUCAGUGGCUCGAAAUUCUAUAUUAGACCAAUAUGGGAAAAUUCUUCCUAGAGUCCAGCGAAAAUUAGCCAUUGAACGAGCUAAACCUUACCAUCUGACAACAUCAUCAGUUUUUCGAGAAGUUUCUAAACCCAGACCAUUAUCAGCAGUUCCCAAGCAACCUGUAACAGGGACUGUGUUAACAAGAUCUGCUUUCAUCAAUAAUGUGUUAUCUAAAAUUGGAGAAGUUUGGGCAAGCAGUGAACCUAAAAAUAGCACUUCUCCUUAUAUUAGUCCUAACAUAGAAGAACCAUCUCCUAUAGCAUAUUCUCUCCCAGACCCAGAGCUACCUGAGGCAUUUGUUGGAACACCAAUUUCAAAAACAUCACAAAAAAUUUCUAGACUGCUGGAUUUGGUUCGUCCUGUUUCCCAGCCGUCUCAGUAUGUGGAUUUUAUUCAGCAAACCCAGACCCCCUCCACAAGAUCUCCUUUGUACCUAGCAUCCACUUCAUUGCCAUUAAGUCACUUAAAAGGAUCACAUCAAGACGCCUCGAGGGCAUCAGAAUUGCAUUUACUUGAAACUCCUCUUGUUGUUAAGAAAGCUAAAACUUUGGCCAUGUCGGUUACUUCCUCUGGAUUUGCCGAGUUUACUCCUCAAUCCAUCCUAAGGUCUGGUCUUCGAACAACACCUUUAGCAUCUCCCUCUUUGUCACCUGGAAGGUCUCUUACUCCUCCUUUACGACUUAAAGAAACUAGAAUUUCAUUCAUGGAAGAAGGCGUGACCACAAAAUGGACGGCUGGAGUUGCAGAUGACAGCAAAACAAAAGUAUUUAUUACUACACCUUUCCAUAAAUGUGGAGUUCCAGCAGAAACUGAAUGGGUGAAGAGCAAAGAUAAAACCACAUCUUUUUCCCUGACUAGUCCUGAGAAGGACCAUCAGGAAAUGGAUAUGAGGUCACCGGAUACACCCUCUCAAAGUCUGGAGAAACUGGACAUGAGCAAAGAAAACAGCAUUGCUUCAACCAGAUCAGACCAGACUACCUUGGAGUAUCAGGACGCGCCAGGACCAGAAGACUUUGAGGAUAUUUUCCUAGUCACUAAACCAGCAGGCCCUUCCACUGAACUACGUACUAAUUUAACUGAGCAGACUGAGAAGGAAGGUGAUGAAGAUGUGUCUGAGUCAGAAGGAACUCCUCCAGACCUAGAGAAACAAACUGGCACUUUAGAAGAUGCAGAAACAAAAGGUCUCCUAGUCCCGGAGGAGGCACUUUCAGAAUUUCAGAAUCACCUAAGCGCCAUUCAGGGAGCCGAAGCUUCUCCUAGUGCACCGUCAAUCCAUGAAGGGAAAAUCCUCUUUCCGGAAUCCAAGGCACCAGUUUUGGAUGAAGGACUAGUAUCUGUUGAAAACUGCGCCUCUCCAAGUAGAACAGAUAACAAUAAGCCUACGGCAGAUGCCCUCAGUGAUAGUGGAAGCUCUGGGCCUGUUACCUCUGAAAGUCCUAGUGUCUCUGAACAUAGGCUUGAUCAGGAAAUAACAUUGAACCUUAAAGAAGAUCAUGAAAUAGAAGUUGAUGUACUAAAAGAAAGUGUUGACUUACCAGAAGAAAAGACUCCAAUUUCUGAUGGUCCUCCUGAUACUCAAGAAAUUCAUGUGAUUGAACAUGAAAAAGUUGAAGCUCAAGAUACAGGAGAAGAGGCUAGGAAUCGUUCAUACACUGAGUUAUAUCCCUCAGGAACUCUUAAGCUUCAAUACAAUUUUGAUACCAUUGAGCAACAGUUUUGUGACUUGCCUGAUAAUAAAGACUCUGCUGAGUGUGAUGUUGCUGAAGUAGAUGGGGAACUUUUUGUUGCUCAGAGUAAUUUUACCUUGAUAUUAGAAGGUGAAGAAGAAGUUGAGAUGGCUGAUUCUGCAGCAUCUAACGUAUUAGUUAAAGCAGCUAACACAGCAACUGAGGAAAAACAUGUGUGCAUUGGGGAGAGUGAUAAUCAUGGGUAUGUUACCAAUUUGCCGUCUAUCAUAACUAGUGAUCAAGAGUCCCAAAAGGUAGAGACAUUACCGUAUGUGCCUGAACCAAUUAAAGUAGCUAUUGCAGAAAACCUACUAGAUGUAAUUAAAGACACAAGAAGUAAAGAAAUUACUUCAGACACAAUGGAGCAGCCCAUUUGUGAAAACAUACCUUUAAUAAACCAAAAGGUAGUGUCUUCAACCAAAUUAGUCAAGUCUACGUUUAAGACUAUUGAGGAAACCAGUACAGUGACUAUAAAUGUCAGCCAGGUAGAUGACACGAUUUCCUCCAGAACUCGCACGAGAGGACAGCGUGUCCGAAGCAUGAAUAUGAAAUCACAACAGGAAGAGGCAGCAAAUAUUGCUACUCCUGAGAUACUGGGGCUUUCAGUUACGAAGAAAACUAGGAAAACAAAAGAAAUUUCUGAAAAUGUCUACUCAGAUGUCAAAGGAAUAUCUCAGAACCAGCAAAUACCUCAAAAUCCAGUUACUCCUAGGAGAGGAAGGAGAAAAAAAGACGUCAAUCAAGACACAUUAGAAAGUAUUAACCCUAUGGGACAAGAAUUACAGACCACAGGUAGGGAAUUAAGAAGGUCAAAGUCAUCUCAGUUUUUGGAGCCAGCAACUGAAGAAGCUUCUUUUAACAAAGAAGUUAAACGUACAUCUGUUACAAAAAGGACUCCUAAAAGAACUAAAAAGUCUAUUGAAAAUCAGGAAAGUGUUGAAAUUAUAAAUGAUCCAAAAGUUAACAAAGUGGCAAGUCCUAGCAGAAGUAUCAGAAAAUUGAGACGCACUGAUUUGAAACCUGAAGAUGUAGAAUAUAAACAAGAUGGAACAUCCAGUGACCAGCAACUGCCUGCUCAACAUAGUAGAAGAGUCAAAGAGAGAGAAGUUAGUGCAUCAGAUGUGACGAAGCAGUCUAAACUUGGUACAUCACAGCUGACUCCUCAGGCAGAAUUCAAUAUUCCUACCACACCUAGGAAACGGGGUAGACCAAGAAAAAUAGAUCAAGCUGAAGAUCUAGGAUUGAAGGCUGUCGAGGGAGAGAGAAGUACCCAAAAGAGAAAAGCUCUUAGCAUUCAAAGGAGAUCUACAAGAAACACUCCAGCUAAGAGUGAAAAUACUGAUGUCGAAAAACCAGCUUUAGAAGAAUCUGUUUUAUUGCCAAACGAACUAUUUACUGUGGUGAGCUCUAAGAAGAAGCUUACAAAAAGGACCGAAAGUCAAAGCCAAAAACGUCCAUUACACUCAGUAUCAGAAGAGCGCUUUGAUAAUGAAAUGACGCACCAUGAACCAAAUAGCCAGGAGGAAGGAACGCUGGCCACAGCUGCUUUGACUAAAUCUUCCCGUAGCACAAGGACUAGAUCUAGCAAGGCCGCCUUGUUGCCAGACCUUUCUGAACCAAAAAAUGAGCCUCUCUUAUUUUCUACUCCUGUGUCAAAAGUCCCAAGAAAAGAGAAAGCUAAAAACGUAGAAGCUUCUGCACAGCUGAAAGAAUUGGUUUCAGAUUUAUCUUCAUCGUUUGUCUUCUCACCUCCUACUUUGAGGACUAGGAGAAAAAAUGCAUCCAAUAUGUCCAACCUUGUAGACAAACCGGAAGAUGAUCCUAAAUCAGGAGAAACUGUGGAAAAACAAAAAGUGAAAAGAAUCAGGACUGCAAAGACAAAAGAAGCAAGCAAAAAAACAGAAAAAGAAAGUUCUUGGUCACCUCCUCCAGUAGAAAUUAAGCUGAUUUCUCCUUUGGCAAGCCCAAUUGAUGGAGUAAAGAACAAACCAAGAAAGACCACAGAAGCAACAGGCAAAGUUCUUGGAAGGGGCAGAAAGAAACCAUCUUCCUUUCCAAAGCAAAUUUUACGCAGGAAAAUGCUGUAAUUCUUUUCCAAGUUUUUAACAUACACCCGUUUGUAAAGUCAUCAAAAUUGUGUGGAUUAUUAAAAAUCAUCUAAUUUGGAAGUAAAUAGUUUAUAUAAAUUAUUGUAAAUUUUUGUAAACAAAGAUCUUCAAUAAGUAAAGUAACUCCAUAUGGAGUGUGAUUCUUUUAGUCAUAGGUAGUUUUUCUAUUUUAUAUUAAGACUUCAUACCUUUAUAUAAUAUGUAAAUAUGGCUUAAUAUUGGAAUGUUAAAUAAAGUGUAUACUUCACAAUAGUUUGUGUCUGUAGAUUUUUGAGGGGAUUCCUGUUUUAAUAAUGAUUUUGUAUGCUAGUAGUAAUUGAUCCCAUUUUCUUUCUCUACAGUUAAAGUAUUAAGCCCAUCUUACAAUAAGAAUGAUUUAAUUUUUUUUUAAGUUGCUAUUUUAUAAUUUAUGCACUUUGCUUCUGUGAUUAAGAUUUCUAAUCAAAAAAUGUAUUUUUUUUUUUCUUCUUCUUUUUGGGUGUUAACUGUGUGAAAUUGAAUUACGGGCAUGAAAUUUUGCUGCCUUUUUGUAGUUUAACAAGUUUUGUGUAAUCUACCUCAAGUAAUGCAUUGGUUAACUAUAAUGUUGGCAUUUCUUGUUCAGCAAGCUCAAAGGCUAUUUAUCUUUAAAGUCUCUUAAUUUUCAGAGACUAAUUAUCCAGGUUAGAUUGACCGGUUCACUGCUCACUAGCAAUUUCAUAAAAGGGUUUGAGAAGGAAGAGAAAUGUAAAACAAAUCAGUUUCGUGGUUGUUCAGCGCACCUCGUAUGUGCCUGACGCUGGAACGAUGGAAAUCCAAACAUAUUUUAUAAUAUGAUUCUUGCUGUGAAGGAACCUGCUACUGAAUCACAGAAAUGUUUUAAUAUUCAGGUUUUAAAUCUGGCAAAUUUUUAUGGGACCUCAGGCACAAGACUAUUGAAGAUGGGAAAAGAAUGUGACUAAAUGUGGGAACAGGAGAGGAAAAAAACAAAAACACUGUUUGCAGUCUGACUGUGUGCAAUUAAGUGGCAAUACUUGAUGUAGGCUAUAAAAUUCAUCAAUUAGUAAGUGUUGUAAAAUAAUUUAUAGCAGGUAAUUGAGUGUAUAAUGAACGGACCAUUAAUGAUUGUCUAGAAACAAACUGCUUUUGUUGGUUAAGCUUUUAAUGUUUUAGCUUGAAGCAUAAGCAGUUUGCUCCAGACAUUAUUUUUCUACCAAAUAGCAGUACAAAUAAGGGAAAAAUGAUGGAAAUGCCUAUGCCAAGUACUGACAGUGUGAAAGUAGCAGUGCGGGUGCGGCCGUUCAGUCAGAUUAGUGAUAACUGCUGCAUUGCCUUGUGGGAAAUUUGACUAUGACUUUGAUUUAUUAAUUUUUUUAAUGAUAGUUAAAAAAUUUGUAUUUAAGCUGCUUGUCAUUUAUGGAAUAUUAAACUUAUUUAACUGAACUUGUCAAAUGCGUAAUUUAAAGAUCUAAGCAGAAUUUAGUAAGCACUUAAUUUCAUUCCUUUGCACAAGUAGCACAAUAAAAAAAUUGAUUAGAAAAAUGUCCUGUCAAGUUAAUAAUUUUUUAAACCAGUGCAAUUUGGUGAACAUAAAUGUGUGGUAUCUAUUUUUAAUAAAUUUACUUUUUACCCCAAACUUUUUCUUGCUACAGUAAUUUAUAAGCAAACAAAUUGCCAAUUCUGAACUCUGUAUUUUAAAUCCAUUAUCUAUAUUUAUAUGACCUUUUUUAAAACAUUGCUCAUUGAAAUGUGUUGCAUUUUUUUAGGAAAAACUGAAUUUUUACUCAUUCUAAGACCUAGUAUUGCAUAUCUUUUGAUUAUCAAUGCAUUGGUUAGGUUGUCAGAUAAUUCUGAACAGUUGGCUUGUUUGACAAACUUUUGACUCUCUGCUAUGGAUUAAAUGCUAUACUAAAUACCAAGGGUACAAAGGGAAAUUCUUUGUUCUCUAUCAGCUUACAGUCUUAUGUAAGUAUAUAAUUGAUAGCCGUAUGUGUCAUAGUAGUAGGGUGAAUACUCCUGGUGUGCAGAGGGAGGUCAGUUAUACUUAAUUCCUCUUGGAGAGAACUUAAAGGCUUCCUGGAGGUAGAACUGUUGGAUAUAUGACUUUAAAGGAGAUGAGUGAGGUUUGGAUAAGGGCAUGCUAGCAACAUGGGAAGACUGACUUGACAGUCACUGAUCCUGAAUAGAAUAUGAUGAUGAACUUGUACUAGGUCUUUCCCAUCAGUAUUCAGUAUUGCUGUGCCCAUUUUCACUUGGUAUCAGUUCUUUCCUGUUCCUGACAUCUAUAUUUUAAAAAAGAUAUUUCAGCAACAAGGCAUCUGUACUGGCAUGAUUUCUCAAGUAUCUGGUCAAAAACGUCAGUUAUCUUGGAACCGGUGAAUCUAAUGUUGUGGCCAGAAAGAAAGAGGAAAUAAAACCAUUUUAUAAUCUAACUUAUGAACUUACUGGAAGUGGUUAUUCCAGGGGUCUUUUUUCACUGGCCUCUAGGAUAGUAACUGCAAGUUUUAAACAGCUAAUACGAAAGAAGAAUUUGUAAGAGGGAGCACUAAAAUAGCUACAGAGCCCUUAGGCUGCUUUGUGAAAAGAUGGCAUUUCAUUCAAGUCCAGCAGCAAAAUUGAUUGGCUUAGACUAGAGUACAUAGCAAGGAAGGAAAAAGGAUGAAUUCAAGAGAAUUUGAGGAGAAAUGGUCGUGGGUAACAACUGUAUAACUGCAAUACCUCGGACAUGACCUUGCUGCAAUUCCCUGCUAAAAGCUUUCUAGUUGCUUAAAAAGAAAAUGCUACAGUUUACAAGGUCCUGGGUGACCUGGGAUCCUGCCUAAUUUUCUAACCACAUAUCCAACCUUUAUCUCUUUGUGGAAUCAGACGACCAACUUUGUGGGACUUUUUACAGUAACAUUCUCAAGAGUCUUUGAAGCAGUCAAAUGCACUUGAGUUUAAAAUCUGAGUAGCUUUAGGUAAAUUUUUAAACUCUGACCUGUUUCCUUAUCUGUAAAAUGGAGAUAUUGAUACCUAUUCUAUUGUAAGGAUUAAAUGAGAUAUGUGUGAAUCAUUGACUACAGUGCCUGACAUAAAUAUCAGCUGCUAUAGUUUUUUUGCUGUAAUUUCUUUUUAACAGCUUUAUUGAGAUAUAAUUCACAUACUAGACAAUUCGUCCAUUUAAGCGUACAAGUCAGUGGUUUUUAUACAGAUACAUAUAACCAUCACAGUCAAUUUUAGAACAUGUUCCUUAUGUCAGAAAGACACCCAUUACUUUUGAGCUAUCAUCCUCCUCUGUUUUCCCCUAUCCUCUUCCAUUCCAGCCCUGAGGAACCACUGAUUUUUUUCUGUCUCUAUAGAUUUCCCUACUCUGGAUUUUUCAUAUGAAUGGAAUCAUAUGUGGUCUUUUGUGAUUAGCUUCUUGCCCUUAGCAUAAUGAUUUCAAGGUUCAUCCCUGUUGUAGUAUGUAGCAGUGUUUCAUUUUUAUGGCCAAGUAAUACUUCAUUGUAUAGAUGUGCUACAUUUUGUUUACGGACAUUUGGACUGUUUUGCCUUUUGGCUAUUUAGAAUAAUACUGUAAACAUAUACAAGUUUUUAUGUGGACAUGUUUUCAUUUUUCUUGAGAAUAUACCUAUGAGUGGAAUUUCUGGGUCAUAUGGUAACUGCAUAUUGAAUUAUUUGAGGAACUGCCAGACUUCCAAAACGACUACACCAUUUUAAGUUACCACCAGCAGUGUAUGAGCAUUCCAAUAUCCAGCAUUGGUUGUUAUCUGACUUUGAUUCUAGCUAUCCUAGUGCGUGUGAAGUGGUAUUGAUUUGCUGAUGACUUUUUAAAAGAUUUUCUUAUGUGCCUAUUGACUGUUUGUGUAUCUUUGGAGACAUGUAUGUAUUUGUGCUUU